AUGCACGGCCCAGCACGUAUCUCGUCGGUCCCAAAUAUCCCUCUCCAGUCGCCAGCGAUCCAGCCAGCGCCGGCGGCGCGGUGGGAAAUCAGAACUGGAGGCAUUGCGCGCGGCGGAGCUGAUGGCACAUUUAUCCCCGUCGAGCUUCUCCGCCGUGACGGCCGAGUCUCGCCAAGCGCGCCGCGCGGAGUAACGUGUGUGCUGUGGAGGUAUGUCAGUCACCUCCGGUGGAGAAAAAACAAAUUCAUUCAGAGGGUACUUGCUUUUCUCUGCAAGAUUAGCUUGUAUCCAAAUUGGCAGAAUAAGAUUGGUCAGUAUUCUUUACUUGAGGAUUUUCAAGGAAAUAUUUGUAUGAGAAGGUUAAACAAUUUCAUUAGAUGGAGUAAUAUCGUGUAUCCUAGAGAUCAAGAGAAGAUGGGCAUCAACAUGGGUGACAUGGUAAAUGAUCGCAAAGCAGGAAUUCCUACCAGCGUGCACACUGAAGUCAAGAAAUCAAUUGUGCAGUCUCUGAAAGGUACUCUACAGAGGAACGUAUUUGCUCCGGUUCUGGGUGCAACUACAACAGUGUGAGGAGUACAAGGACAUGAUGCAACUUGCAUGCCGUACUCUGGAGACUACAAUAAUGCAAAUUUUCGCCAAGCAUGGAUACAGAUUCAACAAUCGGAUAUGUGCUCAAUAAUAUUUUUUCAUCCAAAACUUUAUUGGCGUUUAGUUCCUUUAGUGUUUUUUUUCAUCAUAAUGUGUGAUGUGGUCAGCCUAAGUGCUGAAAACUUUGUAAUAAUUAAAGGCUUGGUGCUUCCUUUGAAGCAGAGUCCGGGAUAUUCUUUUCAUUAUCUAAAAAAAAGGUACUGCAAAAUUACACCACCUGAGUUGGAGUUGAGUAGGAGCCAAGAACAAGAGGAUGUUCUAAUCCACCGUGAUGUUGGUACCAAACUAUCAAGAUAUUGUGCAUA